AGAUAUUGCAGUGAAGCUGCUUCAUAACAGCAUGCAAACAAUUGAUGACAAACAAUUCAUACAUGAGUUUGACAACCUUAUGAUGCUAAAGCAUCCUAACAUUGUACGGUUUGUUGGCUACUGCUAUGAAACACAACGUCAACAUAUACAGUUUGAAGGAAGAGUUGUUUUUGGUGAAACAACAUAUAAAGCACUUUGCUUCGAGUAUAUGCCAAAGGGAAGCCUUCAAAAGCAUCUGUCUGAUGAAUGUAAUGGACUUGAUUGGCAAACACGUUACAACAUUAUCAAAGGGGCAUGUGAAGGAUUAAAAUACCUUCAUGAAGGAUUCGAAAAACCAUUUUAUCAUCUUGACCUAAAACCAGAUAAUAUACUUUUAGAUGAAAACAUGACACCAAAACUGGCAGAUUUUGGUUUGUCCAAGCUCGUCGGUGAAGAACAAACCAGGAUAACACAAAGUCCUAUUGCAGGAACUCUGUAAGUAAAUGCCUCCUAUAAUGAAGCCAUUUCUAAUGAAACUGUAUAUAUAAUAUUUAUGAUGCCAUGUGCAGUGGAUACAUGGCACCAGAAUACUUAUCUGAAAGCAAGGUCUCAAAGAAGUUAGACAUAUUUAGCUUGGGUGUUGUAAUGACCAAGAUAAUUGCUGGGCCUAACGGCCAGACAAUGUACGCUGAAAUUCCGUACAAACAGUUUCUUGAUCAAGUACAAGGAAAUUGGAGAAAAAGGUUGCAAACACCAUGGAGUUCUCCCGAGUCACUAGAGGCACUGUACCAGCAAGUGAAAAGAUGCACUGAGAUUGCACUGACCUGCAUGGAGAUCGACAGACACAAAAGGCCUAGCAUAGUGGAUAUCAUACACGACCUUGACCAGACCGAAAAAAAUAUUGAAAAUAUUAAUUCUUAUGAACAAGAUCCAUCACCGCCACUUGAUUCCUCUUCAAAUGUUGUUGAACCUGUAGCAUCAGCUCCACCUACAACUCCAUCUCCACCACCUUUCCUAACCCAAUCUUAUAUUGGAUCUUCAACACCAUGUCCGCGUCCACCUCCAAAAAAUAGUCCGGUUAUGACGCCGCCACCACCACCACCACCAGUCCCACGCGGUGGCAUCAUGGAACUCUUCGGCACGUUCAUGCAUCGCAAGGCCAAGAUAUCCGGACAUGGUCAAAGGUUCACUUACAAUGAAUUGGCGUCAGCAACACAUGACUUCUCGAAAACGCAAAAGCUUGAAGAGGGUGCCUUUUGGACAGUCUAUAAAGGUACAUUAACGUUGCAAGACAAACAAGGUAAGAAACAAGAAGUGUCUGUGGCUAUAAAAAAGAAUAAACAUGGAAUGUCAGAUGAAGCCAGGGAAGCCUUUAAGAAUGAGAUUGAUAUUAUGAGCCCGCUGAACCACCACAAUAUUAUACGUCUUGUUGGUUGGUGUGACAAAAGGAACAAUCUCUUGCUUGUCUAUGAACUAUUGGAGGAUCGCAACCUUGAGGCUCAUCUUUACGGCCAUGGUGCUCAUAUGGAUGCGGAACAUUCUAGUGCAAGGUCUCCAGGUUCAGGUUUUGUUCUGGAUUGGCGCAAAAGGUACAACAUACUUAUUGGAAUAGCCUCAGGUCUUGAAUACCUCCAUACUAAAUGUAUGAAAUGCAUCUUGCAUAGGGAUAUCAAGCCAGAAAAUGUGAUGUUGGACAGUGGCUUCAAUGCUAAGCUGUGUGGCUUCGGGCUCGUGAUGCAACUCAACCAUGCCAUGACCUCGCGGUCGAUGGACAACAUCAUUAAGUCACAAGUCUACAUGGACCCAGCAUACCGGCAGAACGUUGGAGGAAAUAGGGAAUCUGAUGUCUACAGCUUUGGUGUGUUGUUGCUUGAGGUUAUAUGUGGCGUGAAACCAAAGCUUACCUCAAUUGAUAAAGGCACGAAAAAUAGCCUAGUCGAGAUGGUCCGGGAAUGUCAGGAGAGAGAUGCAAUUCUUGAUGCAGCUGACCAACGGUUGAGGGGCGAGUUUGACGAGGAAAUUAAAGGGGUGUUGUUUAUCGGGCUCCGGUGUGUCGAAACUAGACAUGGUGACUGUCCAACUAUCGAAAUUGUGUUGGACCGGUUAGUAAGCCUGACGGCUAAAUAGUAACCAACAUACAAGUGUGGUGUCCGUUGAGAUGUGGUGUCUCCUUGGAGCCCGUUAUUCACUAGUACAUACAGUAUUUAAGAAAUGUUCAGUGUGUGUUACUAAAAUGUUGAUCAUUUAUUUACAAAUAUGCUCUUUGAGUAUUUUGAAUAAAUAUUCGUCAUGUUUUGAAAACAUGUUCACAGUAUAUUUUAAAAAAUGUUCAUGUUUUUGAAAAGUAUAUUAUAACUGACACAAGAUAAUAAAAAAGGAAAAAACCAAAAAAGGGCAAGAAACGAAAAGGGAAGAGAGAUCCACAAAAGCGAAAAAUCUUAAGAGAAUGAUGAGGACAAGAAAAAACCGCUGAAAACCUGAAAACCCGAAA